AUGAGCAAGGUGCCUACUACCGCCUCGUUUACUAAAGCCGCUCGCCACGAAGAGAAGCGGAAGCAUUUUGCAGCCACUUGUGCCAGCUUGAGCAAGCAGCAUCAUGAGAUGGUGGCUCGUCGUGAAAACAUCGAAAGGAAGACAGAAGAGCUCGAGAAGCUGCAGCACGAGAAGCUUCAGUCUCUGAAAAAAAGCGAACGAGUUUGUGAAACAACGCACGAAGCUCGAGAGGGAGCGACUGAGUCAGGAUGUUUGUCGUCGCGAGGCUGA